UGGAAAUGGCGCAUGACAUCCGACCUGAUAUUUUACCACAGCGCCUGCAAACCCCAGUUUGUUUGUUGUUCUUCGCCUAAACGUUGUCAGUUUCAAUCUACGCUCAUCACACGGAGCACGUAAACCAUGUCGAAUCGCGCGGUGGCCACGUUUGAAAAACCUUUGCAACAUCUGAGCCUGCCGGAUUGGCAUUCCCGGUUGAAUCAGCUGAAAAAUGUGGCCUACAGCAAACGCUCGGAUGCGUUCGAGCUGCGGCAUUUGGCGCGAAAUUUGAGAAACGAGACCAGGAUCCAAACCUACUGGGAUACGUACCACAACAACGAUAAGCUGUCGGAUCGUGUGGCAGAGCUGGAUCGAUGGAGGGAAUCUAUGAGGAUUUUGCUGAAACGGGUUGACGAUGAGAUUGGCUCCUUGAAAGAGGAGAAAGCGUGCACUGAGCGGGAUCUGGACGCCCUGUUGAUGCCACUGACGGUUGUGACGGAUAGCAUUAGCAUGCGAGACUGUCGGCUGGGAUCGGAGCUAACCUACGACGAGGGCGAUACGGAGCUGAAGAACGAGCUGUGCAUCGUGGAAAAUAAUCAACGUUUGUUGAGAGAUCAGAACCAGGGAGCAUGGGAGCAGCUGAAUCGAUUGCAGGAGAUAAAGUUCAAGCUGGAGUUGGAUUUAACGGAUAAGGAUGAGGCACAGGAAAUUGAUCAACAUCAGUUGGAGGUUGAUAAGCACUGUGCCAACGUGACGUUCAAGACGGAGUCGACGAGGGUUCCCAAAAACUCAUGUACUUACAGUAAUUGGUUGGAAUACUGUGAAGAAUUGGUUUCACUCAGCGAGAAAACUUUGUCUGACUCUGCUGCAGUCCGGGAAUCCCUCUUCGCUACUCGCGAGAAAGCCAGAAAUAUUCUCAAAAGUCAACAAGAUCGCACUGCCCAUACAUUACGCAAACGUAUUUUUGAAACCCAACGAGCUAGAAAUGAGCUCGAAUAUCAACAGGGAAAGAUGAAGGAAGAAAUGGACAAAUGUUCUACUGAAAUUGAAACAUUGGAACGCUCGUACAACGAUAAGAUUGACGCCCUAAAAGUAGUCGAGACUCGUCUAGAAAACCGGGCACAACGUUCUGGAAUGGAGCUCUGCAUUGACGAGUCCUAUCAUGGCCUUUCCGAUGAAGUCCACAAAUUACGUGACACUAUCAAGAUCCUCCGAGAAAAAAUCAACGCCGCCAAGACGAUGUACAACAGUUUGCACGAGCUGGCCAAGAAGGUCGAUCAAGAUCUGGAAAACAAACAGCAUGCACUCAUGACGGACAUCCGGUCCCUGGAUCUCCGUGCCCGACUCAACACCGGAGAAUUCGGUGGGAAGUCCACUCAAACGGAUCGCAACAUUCAUCUGUCCAGACUGGAGGACGAAAUCCCCAAAUCGUAAAUCAGCUGAGCCCGAAAUACAUCGAUUAUCAUCAUGGGGUCAUCGUAUCGAAUCGCGUGUCCCAAUUUCACCACUUUUUCUGUGCACUCUCCACAUUAUUCACACCUUUCCGUGAUUGCAUGUCCAAAUACGAAACAGGUUCAUAAGUGCCGAUUAUUUUGCUGCAUGCCAAGCGCCACAAACUGACACUUGCACUCAUUGGUCGCUGGUUUGCGGGGUCCUCGAUAAGUCACAGCCAUGCAUGCCAGCUCGACAAGCCACUGACUUUUAUUGAUUCUAGCAGCACAACAUAAAUUUCCAAUCACUGUUCGGUGCACUUUGGAUGAAAAUCCACUCAACGUGUGAUUUUGAAAUAAAUUACUAGUUUUCCAUCAUAA